AUCUGCAAGCACCUAGUGACCGAGCUCAGGCUUGGGCAGCACUCCCAAGUCGAAGUUGCUGGCAGCUGUGAGGCUGCAGCCAUGAACGGGACAGAGGGCCCGGACUUCUACGUGCCCUUCUCCAACCAGACGGGCGUGGUACGCAGCCCCUUCGAGUCCCCACAGUACUACCUGGCAGAGCCCUGGCAGUUCUCCAUGCUGGCCGCCUACAUGUUCCUGCUCAUUGUGCUUGGCUUCCCCAUCAACUUCCUCACGCUCUACGUGACCGUACAGCACAAGAAGCUACGCACCCCACUCAACUACAUCCUGCUCAACCUGGCCGUGGCCGACCUCUUCAUGGUCUUUGGUGGCUUCACCACCACCCUCUACACCUCUCUGCAUGGAUACUUUGUAUUCGGGCCCACAGGGUGCAACCUAGAGGGCUUCUUCGCCACCAUGGGUGGUGAAAUUGCUCUGUGGUCCUUGGUGGUGCUGGCCAUUGAGCGGUAUGUGGUGGUGUGUAAGCCUAUGAGCAACUUCCGCUUCGGGGAGGACCACGCCAUCAUGGGUGUCGCCUUCACCUGGGUCAUGGCUCUGGCCUGCGCAGUACCACCACUUGUUGGCUGGUCCAGGUACAUCCCGGAAGGCAUGCAGUGCUCGUGUGGGAUCGACUACUACACGCUCAAGCCUGAGAUCAGCAAUGAGUCCUUCGUCAUCUACAUGUUCGUGGUCCACUUCUCCAUCCCCAUGGUGGUCAUCUUCUUCUGUUACGGCCAGCUGGUCUUCACAGUCAAGGAGGCAGCUGCCCAGCAGCAAGAGUCGGCCACCACCCAGAAAGCAGAGAAGGAGGUCACGCGCAUGGUCAUCCUCAUGGUCAUCGCCUUCCUGGUAUGCUGGCUGCCCUACGCUGGUGUGGCCUUGUACAUCUUCACCCACCAGGGCUCCAACUUUGGGCCCAUCUUCAUGACCCUCCCGGCGUUCUUCGCCAAGAGCGCCUCCAUCUACAACCCUGUCAUCUAUAUCAUGAUGAAUAAGCAGUUCCGGAACUGCAUGCUCACCACCAUCUGCUGUGGCAAGAGCCUAUUUGGUGAGGAAGAGGCCACCAUUGUCUCCAGGACGGAGACCAGCCAGGUGGCCCCAGCCUAAGCCCUGCGUAGAACGCUGCCCCUUGUAGGAGAAUCACAACCCCCACACCUGCCCCAAGCCAUAGUCACCACACCA